AAUUCCCCCUGCGAAGUUCCCUCGUACACUGUAUUCCUUUGGCGAAUUGGGCAGCUUUCUAACUUUAUUUGAAAUUACUGAAACUACGUGACUGAGGAAAGACUUCAUCAGUGUCAAAUAUGUCGUCUGAUAAACCAGUCGGACCUGCCUUGCCCCCGAUGUUCAGAAAAGAGAGCGACGAAGACUCUGACAAUGAAGAAGGAUUCGCUGGCCCGGCUCUGCCUCCGGGCUAUAAACGGGGAGAACCGUCGAGCUCCUCAGAUGAGAGUGAGCAGGAGGUGUCGGUCAAAAGAGCGAAGACAAAACACACACCUGGAGACAGACCUGCAGAGGUGGAGAAAUCAAGGAAACAAGAAGAAGAAGAUGAUGGUUUCUUUGGACCAGCUCUCCCACCAGGAUUUAAGAAACAACAGAGCUCACCAGAAAGGCCACCUGUGCUGGGACCAGCUUUACCUCCUGGGUUUCGCAGAGCAGCAUACGAUAAUGAUGAUAAUAAUGAUGGUGAAGAUGGAGAGGGUUUCCCAGGGCCUGCCCUACCUCCAGGCUACCAGCCUGAGCCCUCCAGCAGUGAAGGAGAGGAUGAGGAUACAAUUGGACCCAUGCCAGCCAAGGGGCCUAUAAAAGACUCUGUGGCUCAGGACUUUGAGCGCAGAGCACGAAAGAUGAAAGAGAAGCUGACAGGAGAUAACACUCCUGAGGAGCUGACCAGAGAAACAUGGAUGACAGAGCUCCCACCAGAACUGCAGCACAUUGGCUUAGGGGCUCGAACUUUCAAGAAGAGAUCGGGUCCAGAGAACAAAGACCGCUCCAUUUGGACAGACACACCAGCAGACAGGGAGCGCAAGGCCAGGGAACGCCUUGAGGGGAAGAAGAGGGGUGAGUCAGAGAAAGACAGUGUCCCUCAUGUCUCCCACAAGGACUUGGAAAUGGCAGAGAAAGUGUCUAAGUAUAAUGAGUCUAAACGUGGGGAGUCUCUGAUUAGUUUACACACAAAGAAGAUGAAGGAGAAAGCAAAGGAAAAGGCUGACAAACCAGUGGAGAGGAGACCGUUUGAUCGGGAUGAAGAUCUGCAGGUGAAUCGCUUUGAUGAAGCACAGAAGCAGCGGCUACUGAAGAAAUCUCAGGAACUCAACACACGGUUCUCCCACAGCAAGGACAAAAUGUUCCUCUAACAAACUGUUAAAAGAUAAUGUGUCCAAAUGUGCAGACUUCCAGCUACAGUUCAGCUAGUGAAAUUUUCAUAAAGCAUUUUCACAACAUGGACUGUUUCUACAGAUACUGAUGUGUUACACAAAUGGAGAAUUUAAUUUUGUGAAGAAAAAAAAAACUAAAUUGCUACAACAAAUAUUUCAAGCUGUUAUAAAGCAGAAGCCAAUGGCGCUAGCAUUUUUCUAGGAGUGAGUAUAUUAUGUAUGACAAUAUAACAAUCCUUUUCUUAAACCUUUAUUUGAUUUUUAUGUAAAACCUUUUGUACAGAUUGCUGUAAAAUGCAUUGUUAUGCUGCAUACACCCCUUGUAGCUUUGCAGUCUUUCCGGUGUCCAGAAAACUGCUCUUCCUAAUUAUUUUAUCUCAAGAUGAUUAAACUUUGUUUUUUUUAAA